AUGUUACUCCCAAUAUAUUAUAUUCCAUUAUAAUAUAUUGAAGAAUAGUAGGUAUCAUUUAAAUAUAUAGAAAUUCCUGAAUUUAUUGGAGUUGAAUUACAUGUAUAAAUAUACAAUUACACUCCUAAUGGAUAUACAAAAUAUGUAGUAUUAAUUAUAGUGCUUGCUCCUUCAUAAUAUCUAAAAAUUCCAAAAGAAGGGGAAGUUUUUUUAUUUUCAUUAUUCAAAUAUCUUGGAUCAUAAAUAAUAUCCCACCUUAUUAAUUGA